AAACGUGAAAGCGCCAGUUAAGUUGCAUUGGCAUUGCGUUGAUAUAGCCUAUAGCAUAGGCCUACGCCGCUGUCAAUAUUUUUGUUCGUGAAUUACUUCAGUCCCGCUGCUAUCUUUCUGUGUGAGUAGGACUCAACAACUGAGAUUGCAGGAUGUUCGAAACUUAAAUAUUGGUAUGAUUCCAAAAUGGACACAAGUCUUGAUACAGAAGCCCCCGUCCCAAGGAAAAAAAAGACAUACAAGAAGAAAAAUGACCCUAAUAGAAAUGGGUCAGAUGUGAGGCGAUCAAGCAGGACCCGUGCUAGACGGAACGCCCGCGAUCCUGUGUCAGAUUCAGAACCAUGGAACGGGAAACAGAAAUGCAUUCGGUGGAACACAUUGGAGAAGCAGCUUCUGCUAAGAGCACUCAAAGAGAAAACAGCCAUUGCCCAAUUUAACUACCUUGCCAUAAAGAGACAUGUGAAGACCAAGAAGAAAAGUGAUGUGGAGAUUUACCUUAAGAAUCUUAGGAAAAAGGCCAUUAAGACCAAAAUUGAAUCAAUGAAGUUAAAGUCCCCUAUUGAGAUUUGGAAUAAUUUGAUGACUCAUUUUGGGGAUCAAGACAAGGAAGCAUGGAAAGCAAUGAGUAAGGUGAUGAUCAUGGCAUCAGUGGAACGAACCGUGAACUCCGAGGAGAUAAAAUGUGAUGAAUUUAAACCUUGCCGUAUCUACCGAUACUUGUCAGACCUGUUCAAAUCAAAGCACCCAACAAAGCUGACCCCUUUAGAAUCUCAAGUCAUCCUGGAUUGCUUUGAAAACAUGUUGGAGGUUCUCAAAGAAAGUGAGAUCAGAGACAAAGCUGCUUUCCUCCGCCCCCAGUAUUUCAAUCUCUUCAAUAAGGCUUUCACAGGUGGUACGGACUACAGCAAUGAGGAUAGCCUAAGCCUGGUCUAUGCUAACAUGGCUUCCUCUCAGCGAGGAACAAACGAUCCUGGACCAAGUAGAGUAGAACCAGGAACAGAGGAGUCAGUUCCUACAGCUGAUCAAGCCAUAGACCUUUCAAACCCUGGGACUAGCAGAACAGAAGCAGGAACCAGUGAGCCAAGUUUUGAACCUGAUCCAGCGACAAGUGGCACAGAACGCACAUCUCAUGUUGGUAAACAGAAUGAUAUCAGUCAAAGGAAUAAGGCCUCAUGGCGAGGCGGAAAGGACAGAUCAACUGAAGUAAGAAUCUUGAAUCCGCUAGGUAUACCUGUGGAGAUGCUGGAGUUCAAACCGAGAGACGAUGAGAGGUAUAGCAACAAACGCUGGACCUACCUGCCUGAGACUGAUUCCUCUGACAGUGGGGAUAGUUCUGGAGAUGAUGACGAUGGAGAGGAUGUGGACAGAAUAAGGAAACGAGAGAAGUGGAAAAGCAGUAGGCCCGGUACGACUGGCACUGCUGAGGCUGAUGCAGAGAACUCUGCAGGUGUAGGUACAGGAGAACUCAACGGCAUCCAGGAGAUGACCGAUCUAGUCGACGCAGACCAGUAUGCAUUUGUUACAGAAGAGGAUUUUGCCAAAAAGGGGGAGGUCUAUCUCCAAGCUCUUAAAGAGGUUCAUGCCGAUUCUGAUGAUCGUCUCAGCGGCAACCAAGCUAUUGACUCUGAUCAGUAUGUCUUUGUGUCAAAGCAUGAUCUUGCCAUACAGGAGGAGAAUUCAGUCAAGAGUUUGGAUGAGACAAGAAGAGAAGAGAAUAGUGAAUUUGUGCAGACUAUAGAACAGCAUGAUGACAUUCUCUCUACAGCCAACAAGGCUGAUGGAGGUUUAGAGAGUGCAAGUGCAGAGCUUUCUUGUGCUCCAUCAGGUGAUGGUCAACUUGAAGAGGAUCGAAAUGAGAAUGGCAGUAAGAAUGUGGUUGAAGGACCUGACAUUGACCAAACAGAUGAUGUUGAUGACAUUGGCCAGUCGGUUUUGAUGGAUGAUUUAGAUUCUGACAUUGAUUCAGACCAAUCAGAAGAUAAUGAAUUUGAUACAAGUUUAUUUGAUGGUGAAGUCCAUGGCCUGAAUGGUUCAGGACCCACAGAAGUUAAUGGCUCAACAAAUUUUACACCAUCAAAACUUGGGGCUUCACCAUCACAGAGGACUAAAAGAGAUUAUUUGCUUCAGCCAGUCUCCACUCAGGUUAAAAGGGAUACAGUGUCACCAUUACCUGCUGGAAACAACCAAUCUCCAGCGGCUAUUGAUAAAAACAGGCAAGAUGAAUUAAGCUCAGAUUGUCGGGAUGAUAUUGACAUAUUGACUGCAGUAUCUUUAGUAAGGAACAAAUCUCUAGUAUCACAUCCUUCUCAAGAAAAAGUUAAUGGAAGAGUGCCCAAUCAUCAAAUUGAAUCUGUUGCAUCCUCCCCAAGGAGGAUAGAUGAUGAUACCAUUCUUCCAGGGGGUUCAGAAACUCCAGGAAUAGAGAAGUCUGAGCCUGUCCAGUUUGAUCAUGAUGAGGAGAAUCCAGAAAUUGCGCACUAUUUCCAAGAGUCACCCGAUCAUUCAACACAGAACACCAUUCCUCUUGCGAAAGCCCUCAGCAAAGGAAUGGUGAGCAAUCAAAAGUCAGAUGACCAGCUGUUGACCAUUGACGUCUCCCAGCUUGGGCCGGACUCCAACAUUGUGAUCCCCUCGUACCUGCUUCCAGGAGGGAUACUCACCAUCCGAUCGCCAGAAGUACCCUUCAUGAGAAUCCAAAGAUCAGAUCCCUCACCCUUGGUCCAGAUAGGAACUGACGCUGCAGAUGCAAACAUUGCCUUGGAUACAGGUGACCAAGCACAAUCAGAUGAGUCUCCUAUGGAUCAGUCAGCAGAGGACAAUGUUCCAGAGGAUAGUGGUCCAGGGAGUGAUGUGGAUUCUCCUAGUGAGGAUGACAUGUCUCAAACAGAGUACGUAAUAGCUUCGGACAAACCUUCAAAAGAGAGCGAGAAUCUUUGUGAGGUACACGUCAUUGCUAAUCACUUUGUAAAAUCUCAAGAUCAAGGUGAAGUACCACAGGAGAUUUCCUCCAAGAUGCAGGAUGUGACUGUGAAACAAGAAACGUCUCGGAACCAAUCAACGAUUCCCAAGAAAUCUGGAACUUACACACGUCUUGCAAGAGCACAAGCUGAAGAUGGAUCAGACGUGGAAGAACAGUCGUUCCUUGACUUUCUCAGCUCUCAGAAAUCCAUGUUUGAUGGGAGAAUGGAGUCGACACCAAAAUCUCAUCCCUUGCAGGAUAGAGGUAUUGAGAAUUUUGAGGAAGGAGAGCCAGAUGUGCAUGUCCAAGCAGCACCAAAUGUAAACAUUCCUAUUAACAAGGCUGGGAAAUCUAGUAAAUUUAAGACUUCCCAGCAUGCAUCAUCGGACAUGUUACUUGACAUGAAGCACAAAGGUCCUUCUGAAAGUGAAACAAGAUUGACUGUCCCAGGAAAACCUGUGAAUACUGCAGCUGAUGUUGGACAAAGCAGUACCAGCAGUGAUUUGCAUUCAGGGCAGAAACGGAAGAGAGGACGUCCACCAAAGCCUAGGCCACCUGUAAUUGAAAAGUCAACCUUGGCAUCUAAGUUGCAAGAAGAUACUGCAAAAGUGAGUCCAGGAGCCAAGAGAAAAAGAGGUCGUCCUCGUAAGAAUGAUACAGGAGUUCCAAGUGGGGUACUUGACAUAGAGAAUGACGAGAAAAACGAUGUUAAUCUAUCGGCUGUAGACUCUGACACAGAAAGAACAGGGAAAAGAAAGAGUGGAAGGCCAAAGAAAUUACCCAUGUCAGAUAUUGCACUCAACCAGUCAACAGAAAAUAGAAAUUAUCUGUCCGAGGAAAACUCUGAUUCUGAAAGCAAAAGGAAAAGAAAAGGUGUACAACCUCACACAAAAGCACUAGCUAAUUCUUCUGAUUGGCAAGUCACACAACUGUUGGUAGAUGAUGAUAUUUACACUGGUUGGAUAGAAAUCGAUUCUCAGACAGAGACGACAGAAAAGCGAAAGAGAGGAAGAUCAGCCAGUGAAGUACAAGAAUCUACUUCUGAAGAGGAGAAAAGCAGUCCAGUCAUGACUCCUUACAUUAAUCGAACUAAAGAUGCCUUGGGAAGUGAGACAGGGACUAGUACCAAAGUGAAGAGAAAGAGGGGGAGACCUCGCAAAUAUUCACUGUUAUCUUCUUUUGAAAAUUUGCAAGAGAGUCCAGUCAUGCCAGUGAGCAGAGAGGAAACCCCGAAGCGAUUGGAGACUGGGUCUAGGACAAUGAAUGAAGAGAAGAAAAAGAGAGGGAGACCUCGCAAAGACCUAUCAUCUUCUGCUGUAAAUUUGCCAGAGAGACUAGUCUUGCCAUUGAACAGUGAGAAGAUUCACAAGCAAUGUGAGACCAAGUCUGAUACUGAUAACAGAGAGAAGAAAAAGAGAGGAAGACCUCGCAAGGAUUCGUUGUUAUCUUCCAUGAAGAAUUUGCAAGACACUCCAGUCCGUCCAUCGCAUACAGGAAAUGAGAUUGGACAAACAGGAUUGGGAAUUUCCUUAUCGGCAAAGAAAUCAGAGACAAGGAAAGGAGUGAGAUUGGUGACUAUCAAAACUGAGGAAUCUAGAGAAUCACAUGAUGAUCUCCUUGGUUGGAUUAAUGCUACUCAGUCAAUAGGCACCGAGGCACUUAAUGAACAAUCUGACAUUGUGAUUAGUUCUGAGAGUGAAGAGUUCAGUAAUGCAGGACAAACUUCAAAAGAAUUUACUCCUUACCAGUCAAAUAAAUCUAUUCCAUAUUUGGAAAACAGAGACAAGCAAAAGCCAGGAACAAACAGUGAAGCCAAGGUGCUGAGGACUGAUUCAUUAUUCAGUGUCUUCACAAAAGCUGAAAGUGUAGAUGUUGAAGAAAGAGGGUCGGAUAGGUUAACAGAACUGAGAGGGAGCCCCUUGAAUGGUGAGAGUAAAGAGAAAUCAGGAAGAUGUGCCCAAGAUGUUGAUGUACGUGUAGAGGUAGAGAAACGGAAGAGGGGGAGGCCUCGCAAAUCACCAAACGCAAAUUCUCUCGCCAAUUCGCCAAAGACAGUCGUUGCUCCUGCACUAGUUGAGGUUAAGCAGAAGUGUGAUAAUGUAUCAUCUACAAUUCCUAGUCAAUCAUAUGAAGGUGCAAAACAUGGUGACCACAUUGAAACAAGCUCAUUUUCUGCAGGAAAAGCACCAGAAGAGAAAGAAACAUCUCGCCAAGGGACGAAUCCUGACGAGGCAAGUGCCAAUCUUGCAAGCAAUGUGGAUGGAGGUUUAAUGAUGAAAAAUGUACAUAGACCUACCAAGGAAAUGACAUCAAAUCCCAGCAAGGAGCUGUCAUACCCACUCUGGACACAAUCAGGAAAGGUGGUCUGUGUUUACAAUGUAGGAGAUUCCAAAACAAUUGUGGGAACAGUGCAGUUAGAGAACCCAAAUAAAGCGAGUCGUUACCGAAAGAUACUUCCAGCUCCCCCCAAAUCAGGUGAGGGGAACAGCAAUCCGGCCCCUUUUCAGCCCCCAAAUCAUCAACGUCAGAUUAAAACAACACAAAGUCAUCUUCAAGAGGCAGGUGAACAAGGGACAAGAGACCAUCUGAAGGGAUCAAAAUCAGGGUCUACUUAUGCAGGAGGUGCCAAAGACACUACUAACAAAGCAGGAAAGAAGUCUGCAAACGUUUUCAUUAAAUCUGAAAUUGUAACACAAGAUGAGGUGAAUAGCGAAGAAGGUAGUUCUUGUAAGCCAGGCAAAACAGAUGCCAACAUAGGAUUAAAAGUGCUUGAGAAGCGAAAGAGAGGAAGGCCUCCAAAAUCAGCAAACACUCUGGCGCAAGACAGAGGAGCAUGUUACACAGAACUUAUCGAUGAUACAUUGUUUGAAGGCUCUGCAACUGACCCACAUAGAUUCGACACACAACAGUCAAGAGGUAAGGUAAAUUACGCUGAGGGUGAGACUGGACGAAGAGGAGUAGAAAGGAGAGGCAGUCCUCAGAAGAGGUCAAGGUUUGGAAGUCCUCUGAAAGAGACAUCUCAAACAAACGCCCUUCAGACAACUGACGCAGGCACCAAAACUGUCGAUCAAAAGCUAUCUGGAGUGCGUAAGCAAGUGUCGCUUGAUAGGUACCUAUCAGCACAGGAAUCUGAAGCAUCCAAAUCACAGGGGAAAGCAACCAAAGGUAUCCUCAAGAAGCGAAAGAAACAGAGCCCUCUGAAGGUGAACGUUGGACAGGAAUUAGCUAAGAAAAGACAGAAAGGCUUUGAAAGCACAAGACUGUCCGAGGCAAGUCCUGUCAAGAAGAGAUUGUCACCACGCAAGAAACCUGUUACCAAUACAUUACCUGAGAGUCAUUCACCAUUUGGUAAGCCAAAGAAGCGCGUUAGCUUUGAAGAUGCCAUCGACCUUGUGAACACCCUUGGUGAGCGGGGAGUUGUGGAGAACGACCUGUUCCAUACAGAUAUAGUCCAACAUACAGCCAUGAAGGAAGUCAUGAAGAUUGUCAAAUCGGUCGGGGUGAAGAGGGAAGUUGUUGCUGAACCUUCAAAGAAAUCAAUUUUUUUCUCUAUCAAGAAAUCUUGAGCUUGUGUCCUGUGAGAGAAAUAGGAAUCUGUUCAGCCAUCGUGUCAUGUUUUGUUAUACCAACAUUAACCCCAUAUGACUUUAAUACCCAGCGAAAAAAAAAAUAAUGGAUCCAUUGCUGAUUUGAGGUAACUGCUAGAGACAUAUUUGGUUUAGGCGCUGUUUUUAUGGUAACUACUGAAAGCAUGGGGGUUUUAAGUUUAUUAUUUCAAAAGUUUGUUUAUCUGAACAGAAAAAUAGGGUUUGUUUUUCCAAGUGUUUGAUGAUUCAGCCAUAAAACAAGGUUGGUUAUUCCAAAGGUUCUUUAGUCAGAAAAUGAAAAUAAUUGGUUUUUCCAGGGGCUUGAUAAUUUUGUAAUGAAAUAAGGCUUACAGCUACAAAAGCAACUAACAACCUUUGGAAUAAUGAACCUUAUUUUCUUUUUGUAUUAACAAAAUUUCAGAAUAAUGAACAUUAAAUUGUCAGAAUAAUGAAUGCUUUGGACUAGUCUACCUUUGGAAUAUCGAACCUUUAGCAAAAGGAAUAAUGAACUGUAUCCCAAUGAUUGAUGUACAUUUUGCAAACAAUUCUUUUCAAUAUGCUCUAUAUUAAGUUCUGUUUUUCUUGAAUCUCAAAAUUAUUACAACCAUUUUCAAACUUCACUGUUCUAAAGGUUUUUAAGGAUGUGAAUCUUUUUCUUAAGGGCAAGUUCGCCCCAACAAAAAGAUGUUUUGAAGAAAUUUAAAAAAAUUAAAGGAAACAUAACACUGAAAGUUUAACUAAAAUUCAAUUUAAAAUAAAAAAAAAUCGUGAGAUGUUAAAAUCUGCGCAAUUUCACAAUUAUGCUUGGUAGUCACAUCCUGGGCGGUGUACAAAUGAAUUAAACGAUAUCAACCAAUCACAUUUUCUUUUGUAUUCUAUUAAAUUAAUUGCUUUAGUUUUUCCUCAAGAUGUUAAAAUGAGGUUUGAUUUCUCCCUAAACAUGUGAAAUAAUCAUUGAUGCUACUUAUUAUUAUUAGAUGAAGAGCUCUCUUGUCAAAUUUUCAAACAUUUAUCAAAUAUUCUCUUUUUCAUGUGAUAAAAUGCAAAAGAAAAAGUGAUUUCAUCAACCCUCAUUUGCUUAUCACCUUUGUGAAAAAACUGUUUUGUGAAAAUAUGCGAACUACGAAAUGUCAUUAUCAUGUACUUCCUUAUUUUCCAUCUGAGUUUGAUAAAAUUUUUAGCAUUAUGCUUUAUAAUUUUUUUUACUUGUUCAUAGAUUUGGGGUUGGGAAGAACUCGACUUUAAAUUUCUUGAAAGACGUUUUCACUUUUUUUUUUCAUUUCGAACUAUGUACACAUAUGUAAAUUCUGUUUAUAUUCCACAUUUUAUUUUAUUGCUACAUACUAUACAUAUGUAAAUUGUAAACUUUUUAAAUAAUAAGAUUUCUGUCAAGAUUAUCUGAUAGGAAUUCUAUUUUUUUCAUAUUAAAACAUGGUUAAUUAUCAAAAAAAGCAUUUAUCACGAAGAAGGGGGGGGGUUGCUUCACAAAGAGUUAUGAAGUUUAUUAAAAGUCAUGCGUAAAUGCCGAUGUGCACAGGAUUAUUUCGCACACAAUCUCAUCAAUGAUAUCUUGGUCAUAGCGGUGUUGUGGCUUCGUGGAUAUGUCUCCAGACUUUGAACCACAAGGUCCAGGGUUCAAAUCCCACCACAGCACUCGCAUCCUUUGGCAAGGCGUUUAUCUACAUUAUCCACUCUCUACCCAGGUGUGGUAAAUGCAAAGAAUUCCUUGUAUGCCCGAGCGUCCGAUCAGGGCAGCCAUGCUAAAGCCGGGGUAAUAGUAUGCAGCGCUUAGAAAUAUUUGUGUUAUGAAGCACUAUAUAAAUGUUGCAUAUAAUUAUUGUUUGGUAGCACGUGUCCUGUAGGCAUGAUGCGACCAAUUGUGUUAAGUGUUAUACCACACACAAUGCAACAUUUAAUUUUGAUUAAGUGUGAUUUCUGGACAGAGUUGAACACAAUACCCUCCUGAUUAUCUUGAAAAAAAAUUAAGUCUGUAUUUCAUGUGUGCCAUGAUUGGGGAAAAAUCCACAUCUCUGCCAAAUAACAAUAAGAUUUUUUAAUUUUCACGGUUCAAAAGGAGUUAGAAUAUUACUUCAUUACUCUAGAAACAUAGCUCGAUCUUUAGUGAACGUUAUAUUUCAAAUAAAUGGAUCCUUAUUUCAAGUUCACUGUAGAUUAUUGUAGCGCCAAAGCCUUUUUAUAAAGCAUUAUUUUCGUGUAGUGCACCUUGGCUUAAGGAUUUUUCUAAUGUUCAUUUUGUACACUAUAUGAAUUAUGUGUAUAUUAAUAUUGUCACUUAAUUUUAUUCCUAUAGAAUGUACAAAUGUAUAUAUAAUUUUUGUUCUCAUGUAUUUCACCAUUAUUUCAAGAUGCAUUUCUGAUAGUGAUUUCGUGACUUACAUAAACUGCAUACAUACAUCAUCGAUACAAUCAUUGAAUUAAUUAUUUCAGUUGUAAAGGAUAGGUGUAUCUAUUGAUAUAUGAGAUUUUGCUGUGUAAUAAUUUCAGUGGUCGGGUGAUUUUAGAAAGCUGUUAUAAUGAUUUUACAAAUUGUCAUGGGAAUGAGGAAAGGGAGGUGGAUUUUUCAGUCAUGAUUUAAGCAAUUCAGGCAUUUCUUUUAAUGAUGCUAAUGCCUACCUUGUUAGUACAAAGUUCAGUAUUAUUCACAUUUCAAAUGAAGUAAUUCGAAUACAAUUUACUUUGCUUUAAGUCAAAGCUUUUGAGACCACAAUGUUUGACUCGGUUUGUAACUCUUUUUUGAAAGCACGUCGAUGAGUGCCAUACCGGCGACCUUGCAUCAUUCAGCUGUCUUGAUGUGCAUGUCAUGGCCGCUGUACCUUGACACUCGACUGACCGAGUCAGUUCGCUGAAUCUUUAGGAAUCUUUAGUGUAUCGUACUCUUGGACUGUUUACCCUGGCAAAUAAUUGAAUGGCAGGAACGAUAUUUGUCCCAGGCCUCUGUCCCAUGACAUUUGCUCUGGCAGCAAUUGCUCUAAUGGAAAAUCUGCACGUUAAGCUGGGUUGGCAUCCAAUCGUUUCAGAGUGAAGUUCUUGUUUUAUCAAGCAUCAGGAGAGAGUUGAGCAUUGGUCAUCUGAUAAGUUGUCAGAUAUGUCAAGUUCCCUUGAUUUGGAUUGGCUUAGAAGCAUAGUUAAUCCUAUUGUAUCUGUUGGAUAAAACAUACUCUAUCAUCUGACCCAACCUUUCGUCAAACGCUUCCAUGAAUGCAAAGUAUAUAAUUUGCAGGCCUACCAUCUACUCCUUUAUUGAAAUUUUUAUAUAUAUUAUGUCAUGUAGGGAAAGAAAACUCCUUUUUUGUCCAAAUAUUAUGUACGUCAUCUAUGGGAAAUCUGCUGGGACUCCUUUUUUUUUAAACAUGAAUUUUGUAUGUUUACAGCGUGGUAGGUCUGCAUUUGUCAGUUUGAUAAGGGUUUGUAAUUCAUAGGAAAUUUAGUCGCAGCUGGUGAUGUUGUCAUGCAUGAAAUUAAGCACAUUAUUAUGAAAUAUUUUCCCUUUCCCAGUGUUACACAUACUGUAUAUGUACGAUAUGAGAUCUCAUAUGUGUUGUUUUAUGCUUUCUGCUAUUUUAUGUAUACUCUAAUAUCAUUUUCAAGCAUC